GUACCGGUUCCACGGGUUCCGCGGGGGCGGCGCGCGAGCAUCGGCGGCGAGCACCGCGACGCCGGCCGCCACCGAGAAGAGAGAGAACGCCUCGGCAGGCCUCUCCGCAGUCGAGCUGGUAAUCAGUGUCGUUUCCGCGGCAGCAGUGGCCACCACGCGGCAGAUUACGCAGAUUACGACGCUACACCCCCCGCGUAUCCGACGCCGACGGUUGUGAUGCGGUUGUGACAGUGUUGGGGAACGGUACGCGAGCUUCGACUAUUCUAUUCGGACAGAUAAUCGCCGGAACUUCGGCUUCUAUUUCCUCGUAAACGAACAGGCUCGGAGAUGAUGAGCCGCAAACUUUCCGAGGGACCAACACUUUGACGCGGGACAACCCUCCAUUUCGAUCGAGACGAACGUUGGACUCGCUUCGUCUCUGUCCCGAUAUUCGUUGCUCGGAGUAUCGCGGUCGAUACGAUUCGUCGUCGUUGACACGGAAUAAAUUCCAAAAAUGGAGCCGACGGUGUGACGACGUCGUAGGCUUCGACCCUGGCUCGAGACAACUGACAAACGAACGAAGACCUGGCGCAAAGGUGGAUGUCCGAAGAGAAAAGACAUUCGAUCCCCUGGUAACGAAGCAGGAAGAUCUUGGCGUGCAUAGAGGGUUGCGAUUAUCGAGAUCGAAAUAAUGAGUGCCUGACAUAAGAGACCACAAGGAGUAGGGACAGUCAUGCUGAUCUCGUAAAGAAACUGAUUUGUCUUUAAUGGGGGGAUCCGCUCGUGCCGGCUCGGUCGGUCCGCGGCGAUGCAGCGGAUUCCGAGAAUAACGGGCUCUGGAAUCAGCCGGGAUGGCAGUCCGUGAACAUUCGCGCUGAUACUGCGGCGCAACCGAUUACAACACGAUAGACAGCGAUCCAAGAUCCGCUGUUGCGAUGACAGUUCUCUGCCGCUGGUUGUCCCGUUGAUGUUUAAUAGUUUGCGUCGAUACGAACCAAGCAGCGGACAACCGAUACAAAUAGAGGACGAUGACCGCAUCGCGGUCGAUCGAUGUCGUUGUAAACGAGGCCCUCAAACAAUCGUACCGGAACUAAACAAUCGUGUCGAGCGAGCGUAAAGUGUAAAUAACGAUGCGUGCAAAGUGAACACCAGGUGAAAUCUUGCUUUGUACAUAAAGGCUGAGACAAUUGUACUCCAAAUCAUCCCUUAAACUCGAACCGUCUAACGAACCGUCUAGCAAACUCGGUCGAAUCCAAGGUCCGAGGCUCCGCGAAACGCUGACUCUCUCGUCGUGCGUUCGUCGGUCAAACGUCGAAGGAAAAAAGUGAAACGGUAUGAGCGGCAGCGAGGGCGUGGUGACGAGCCAGGGUACCGGGAGCGAUCGGCUGUGCGAAGACGUCGAUAUGGCAACUCCGACGUCAGCCGCUUCGAACCUGAAACCGCGAAGCGGUAAAAUCAGCUUCAGCGUCGACUCCCUGCUGAGCGACAUGAAGAAGACAGCCGUUACCGGCGGAGCGUUCGCUAGACGAGAGAGCGAAGACCGAAUGGAGUCCGAAAAGAAUCUGGAUAUGGAGGUUAGGUACCGCGAACUAAUGAUGGAGCAACAGAGACUUCAGAGCAGAGAGCUGCUAGCGAGACUCAGUCCCCACGGGCUCGCGUUUACCAAUCAUCAUCAUCACCCUCCGAGUCGGUUGGAACAGGAUCACCCAUCGGCGGGGCGGCAAGAGAUUCUCACGGUGAAGGAUUUUUCUAGAACGACUAGCCACGACAAAUCUUCGUCUCCCAUUAGGAUAGACCAGGAAGUUCAGAGGGAUCGGGACGAUCGACGAUUGUCCGGCGGUUCCCCAGGCAACAGGAUCGCCGAGUCUAUGAUCCAGAGGGAACGCGGUCAAGAGGAGGACGAGAGGAUCGACAGGAUCGGGAAUCCUCGAUCCGUGUCGCCGGUCAGUAGACGAGAGAUCAUGGACGAUAGAAGCGACUCCGAGGCGAAUCGAUCCCUCGAGGGCGAUAGAGCCGAUCAUUUGGACCUCGAGGAUCAAGAGAUCAGAAGCGUGGGUCAGUCCGAGGAUCUGAAUGUGAUGGACUCGGACUGCGAGCUCGAAAGGGACCUCGACAGUAGCCAGGAGAAGGAGGAGAAGUCGAGUCCUGUAGUGCCUCAGCCGAUUCAUCCUGGGGUUCAAAGGCCCUCUCAGGGACCCCCUUACCUCACUGGGGCACCCGGUGCUCCUGGCUGGAAUCCCGCGGGAUUUCCGCAUUCACUCGCGGGGUUCGCGUGGCUACCCCCACCCCCGCACCCACACAACCCUCAUGGACAUCUUUAUACACCGCACGGAGGACCCACCAGUCCAAACGGCGAUUUGAGGCUACCGGGUCCAGGACCAGGACCGGUCAGGUGCACCCUGAGGAAGCACAAGCCGAAUCGCAAGCCGAGGACACCGUUCACCACGCAACAGCUGCUCUCCCUCGAGAAAAAGUUUCGCGAAAAGCAGUACCUGACCAUCGCCGAAAGAGCGGAGUUUUCGUCCUCCCUUCACCUCACGGAAACGCAGGUGAAAAUCUGGUUCCAGAACAGGAGAGCGAAAGCGAAGCGACUGCAAGAAGCGGAAAUCGAGAAGCUCAGGCUAUCCGCGAGGCCGUUGUUGCACCCGAGUUUUGGCUCGGGCCUGAUGUUCUCCGGAGUGGGGCCCCCUGGAACACCAGGAGUGCCUCCCUUCAUCGCGGCGGCCAUGGCUAGGCACACCGCGGCAGCCAUGUUCAUGGGGCCCCCUGGACACAGACCUUAAUAAGGCAGACUCGAGCUGCGCGAGCUCGAGUCGCUCGCAUUCUGGCUAGUCUGUCUCCUCGGGACGGAGAAACGCGUCGAGCGAUCCGUCUAUCGAAUUCGGGCUGGUGACCCACGAUGAUGGUCUUCUCUGGGAACGGUAAACCGAAGACGACUUCUCGGAAGCGACGAUGGAAUACCGUCUGGCGCGGCUGCAGGCUCGAGGUGAGAGGAUUCUGGAGUGGUCGGGUGGACGGCGAUGGCUUCGAGGGUUUCGAGAGGGACCGAAGGGACACGAGGAUUCUUGCAAUUAACCAGAAUCGUCGGGACCGUGUCGAACUCGUGUUAUCGCGAACGAAAGCUCGAUCGAGUUCGUUCGAAUACUGACGAGACGAACAUGCGACGACGAAAGUGAAAGAGAGUUCAACGACGAGUCCGUGUACGGACAAGAGGAUGGAAAGUACGACGAAGGGAGUACCCGAGUUCCUAGAAGCUGGAGCACGAAGAUCGAGAGAUCCGUUGGAUUUGCGUAUAACAGCGAAUGGGAUUUCGAACUCGCGUGACAACGAGAAAUAUAGAAGAGAGGACGGGAAUGUGUAUUUUUUAAGGCAACGAUCUAGAUACGAAACGAAAUUAGAACGCCAAAGCAUCGAAACCAUCGUCGUCGGAAUUCUAAACUGAUCGGCAUUUCCCAUUCCGCCUCGUCGUCGAAAUCUGACACAGUGCGAUAGGCGAGUAAAUCAUCUUUAUUCGUUGUAAAAAAAAAAAAAAAAAAAAAACUUAACGACGAGAAGUUGACUGUGCCGCGCGUGUAUGCGAAACGAUAAAUCGACGAUGACUUUUACCGUCGCAAUCUUUCGUCGGUCGCGGGGUCUUCCAAAAAAGGAGGCAAUUUCGCGUCUCUUCGGUUCCCCACGUUUCGGAUCGAAGUCGAAGCACUCGCGAAUAACGACGGCUUCGCGGACCUCGGCUGGCCUGAAUGGUCGCGCGACAAAGGGCGACGGCAUUUAGAAGGCAUUUCAAGGCACUGAUCUCAAGAGAAAACCGCGAAGCCGAUGUACAUGUUGUAAAUAGACGUCUGACAGCGGGUAGAUCGUAAGUGUACGUAUGUAUAUACGCGUGUACAGGACGUUCGAUUUCCGAGCAAGAAGCAGCAAAUAUCUAAUCCGCAACGAUGGACGAAAACGAGAAAACAAAAAGAUAGGAUCGAGGCAACGCGAUGUUUCGAUCGAACCUGCUCUUUUGGCUCGUUUAUCUUUGGGAAAAUUGAUCGAUCAGACACACGAGGUGGGACAAAUUGACGUAAAUAAUCGCGAAACAUGCCAUAUCGUCUCGUUAACUUUCUGGUCGCGCAUAUAAAUGAGUGAUCGUCUUGAACGAUAACAUCGUUGCUGGGAAACGAAUUUCGCGUGUUUUCGGCAAACUCCGGGGAAAGACGAGAUAGCAUCGGUUGCUUCUAUUUUAAUUUGUAUAUAAGCGCGAGUGUCCUGGAUGAAGAGCGAUGUAAAUUCAGUAGCUACAUGUGGCCACGAUCGAUCGAGGGAAACGGUGGUCCGCAACCACUGAAACUAACGUUGCAAACGCGUCGAGAUCCCGAAUGUACCUAAGCGCCCUGUAUAAAUGUAACAUGAUAUAAUUUAUCCAUGGAAGUAUACCAUAGCGAAAUAAAAGUGAUUUCAGUAUUUACACCCUAACUUGUACAAAUUAUUGCGUCCAG